AUGCUUGUUGUCAAGGAAGCAGACAUAGGCAGUACUGUAGCGAGAAAAGCUGAGGGAAAAUCUCAGCCAAGUGGUUUGCAGCGAGAUGUGCAGGCAGAGGUCGUCACCGCAGAUGAGCUUGCAGUGGAGCAACGUGGAGGGCCAUUCAGCGGAACCGAGGCCGCUGAGCUCUUCGAAUUUGAACACCCGGGGGUAUUGUUCAAUCUCCAAUGCAAUGAUUGA